CACACCGCAGCAGCCCGAGAGCCACUAGUCCCGCUCGCCGACGAGAGAAGGCCCCGCAGUAGCACACUGGCACUCCACUGGCUCUUGUACGCUCGCGUACUUAAUCCUCCGCGUACUGCCGAUGGGCUAUUUUUCUUUUCUUUUCGUUCGGCCGUCCGACACUCCCAAGAGCCACCGUCUUUCCAUACGUCAUUAUUUUUACGUGGGUGUGAGCGCUGCCCGGCCGGUGUUGCGAGACGAGGAAUUUCUUUAUUGUUUUCUCCCUUUGUACGCUUCUCCAUGGUCUUGCGUAUACAGCUUGAGUGCUGUGAAGGAAAAUCAAAGCCGGAAAGUGCUCGGAGUCUAUGAUUUUUACGGGUGUAUUGUUUAAUGUCUUUUAAUGACUCUUUGCACCACGAUGAAUUGAAGUGAGACACCUGGAGAACGAGUGGAACAUCGGUGGAAGUGGUCGCCCACAUUGCACGCAUUUAAAAAUCAAAGAGGUGCAAGGAGAAACUUGAAAACGAUCGUGUAGAAGACAGACGGCUCAGUCCCACGAGAGAUGCAAGAAAAGCUCGGAGCGCUCGAGAGCGCCGCAGCCAUCACCAUCGCCAAGAAAGCAGCAGCCGCAGCGAGCUGCACUCGCGGUCCAGCGUCGCCGGUGACCGCAAUAAACCGGCCCUCGAGCUAAAAUCGGCACAAAAGGGCCCAGCGUCGACGUAACUACUCGCAGGCUCACACACACACCUGUAUAUACACGUGACAUUACGUCCUCGCUCUCGCUGCUCCACACACGAAUCCGGAACAGGAAAAUGCCAGCCCUCAAGCUGUUUGGAAGAAAAUGGCUGACUGCAACGGACGAUCUCGUUUAUCCCGGUCUAUUCGAAAUAUUCAUCAGGGUUGUUUGGUUGGUACUCAUUGGAAUAGCCUGCUGGAAGUACUACGGCGAGACGUGGAGGUGCAAAUCGGGGGGCGAUCUCGUGCGAGUCUACCUCGUGGGCGAGCUCGCUAUAUUGGGUAGCGUCACGAUUCUCCUGCUCUUCAUAGUAAAUCACAGCGCGCGCGGCUCCAUCACCGACACCUAUGCCCGCCGUUACGUACAACCUAUGCUUACGCUCAAAAUAUUAUUGAUAGCGCCCGAAAUAGUCUGGAACAUUUUGGGCUCGGUAUGGCUGUGCAGCGACGUGGUGCAAUGCAGUCGGGAGCACUACACGACCGGAGUGGUGGAGGCUCUCGUGCUCUUCGAUUGGGUGCUAAUCGGCCUGACGAUACUUGGACUAGCUCUGAUCUUCGAUCCUUUGGGCUCCCUUGGCUUGACGGACAAGCAGCUCGAGGACUCGAUAGAGCACGUCAAGAUAUCCAAGAUCUGGUUGAGGCGCUGCAAGUUCUUCUGGUGGAUGAGGCGUGACGAGAGCGCCAGCGAGACUUUUGAACAUGUUGCUGGCUUACUUAGUGCAUUAUUUCGAGGAACUGAUCUGGUACCAUCUGACGUAAUGGCAGGAUGCAUCUUGUUGCGGGUCCGGCAAAAGCGAGAGACUCUCGAACUCAGAAGGCUAAAUAUUUUCGAGCGACCCAAAUACACUUCUGAUGGCAUCAGUAUAUUUGCAAACGCGCCAUCGUGGAUGUCACUGGAAUGGGCUCACCACUACAUGCGACUAUCGAUCGCCUCUUACAGCUGGCUCUACGUCAUCUACAGGCACGCGUGUACCGGCUGUUUUCGCCUCUUGCGCGAAAUGACCUGUUGCUCAUGCUUACGGAGGAAACGCAACGUUGUACUGGACGACAACUGCUGCAUGUGCAGUCUGGCCGGUGUGAAAACGCUCUCUCAAUUCUCGGAGGACGACAUACUGUUCGCUUCCUUCCGGAACCACUUGUGCGAGAUACCGUUUUGCGUGCUUGCCGAUCACAAAACGUCGAGCAUCGUCGUAGUCAUCAGAGGCUCGCUGUCCCUCAGGGAUCUCAUCACGGACAUCGCCGCAGCUUCCGACUCUUUCGAGACCGAGGGCCUACCAACCGGCAGCAUGGCACACAGAGGAAUGAUCCUAGGAGCCAGAGUACUGUUGAGGCAGCUUGAUCAGUACAAAAUACUGGAGAGGGCAUUCGAAACGUAUCCUCAUUACGAUCUCACGCUUACAGGUCACAGCUUGGGUGCUGGACUAGCAGUAUUAUUGGGCACAUUGAUCCGACCUCGCUAUCCUAAGCUCAGGGUGUACGCUUUUGCAACGCCAGCUGGACUACUUAGUAGGGAAGCUGCAAGAGUGACCGAGGAAUUUGUAUUGUCCAUCGGUCUAGGGGACGAUUUAGUGAUGAGACUCAGUGUGGAUAGUACGGAAAAUUUUCGAACGUCGCUGUUGAUCACAUUACAAGCUUGUAAGCUUCCAAAGUACAGAGUUGUUCUCAACGGAUUUGGCUACAUGCUGUUUGGAGUUCCUGACAGAGAUCUAGACAGAACCUGGAGAAAUGGCAACACCAUGAAUUCGAUUCCAGGACAGCUGCCGCUACUCUCCGAUUCGCUUUCGAUGCGAGAAACGGAGACGACAAUUUUAGAAAGAGACGUCACGAGAAGGAGAUACUCCAAGGUCAGACUGUAUACAGCAGGCAGGAUACUGCACAUAGCUAAGUGUAAACCAGCAUCGAAGGAGAAAAAAAAGAAAAAAAACAAAGAGAAACAGUUCGAAAUGCGCUGGGCACUCCCGGAGGAGUUUAUGGAGCUGUCAGUAAUGCCUCGUAUGCUCCUGGAUCACUUGCCCGAAAACCUGGAAGAAGCGCUGGCGAUUCUACUCAAACAGCAAGAAGAAUCGACGAUACUUUGAUUCAUCACG